UCAGACUUCAAAGUCAUCCUGAACCCCAGACCUUGAAAGAAGAAUUUCUUCUUUUCCCUCUAUGCCGCCCCGGUAAUUCUGUCUGAUUUCUGUUCCGAGUCGCACAAAAGAAAUCGCCAGAGACAAUACAGCCCGGAGAGAAUGCACUAGUGCGAUACUCGAACAUUGUUCCGAAGUCACAGGGUCAAAGCGAAAGCGGGCGCCAAAAUCAGACCUGCUCACUAAUUUGACAACCAGCGCGGGGCUUAUUCCCGGCUCACUCAAAUACUCAAUCAGUCUAUGUUUACCUCUACUGUUCUGGUACUCUGGGGACUGGAAGUCAUUCUCGCCUGUUCACAAAGGCUCCAAAAUGUCUUUCGACAUGGCUGUUCUCCCGGUCAAGAAGGAUGCACAAUCCCUGAAGAGUCAAUGCCGCAAUGCGCCUUGGCAAGACACAGCUCGUCCCAGUAUCAUCACAGAGCAAAUCAAAACUGAUACUGCCUUCACGUCAAAGGGAUCUGUGUGGAAUGACAUGGCGGCUGGACUACACGGAAAGGGGCAAUCUUCUCGCCUCAACCUUUCUAUAGACAGUCUUCACUGGUUCCGAUAUUUUCCCGCCAGCCCUCCGGUCCCAAAGUUAGAAAAUCUGACGGACGUAUUUAACCCCGUUACACUGAAGCCUUCGUGGUUGAAGGGGUAUCAAAGGGGUCCUGUUAUCCUGGCUGAGGCCCGAGAACUCGAUUGAAGAUCAUCAUAAAGCAAGUACCUAAUGCGGAUGGGCAAGUACCACUUUGUUGGGGACCCCUGAGAAGGCUCUGGCAGGCAUGCACCGAUGCUGACCAACUGCACUAUCAUAGUCCCAGGGAUCGGUCGGCGCCGAGUUUCCAGUAUUCAAUGUGUGUGGCUGUCCCUGAUGCUCGGUCCUUCGCAUCAAUAGAGACUAACUUAUGUGGACAGCAAGCGCCCCACGACUCUACUCGGCAAAGUGUUCCAAAGUACAUAUCAAGAGUUGUACGGGAGGGAUAGCUCCCUCGUAUUCCUAGAGCUAGGUAGCACGUCAAUCCUACCUUAAUCUAAACCUUUGGGCCGAGUCUCGGAAACCUAAAAAGCUCGGAUGUGACGGGCUGGCCCGCGUUUGCGGGUGACAGCGGGAACCAACAGCAGCACACCCUUCUCAACUGGGCUGAAAGGCCGGGUCUGAGAUUUUUCGCAUGAAGUACGUGACUAGCUUACAUUGCUGGCUUCAAGCUUCACUACAUUUGGGUAGCAUUGUUUUCUUCACGGAUAGAGUCAAGAAUCCAUACUCUGACGAGCCAAUUGCGCGUAUAGUACUGGAGCAAUUUUUGUCACUUUCAUGCAACCGAAUUACGAGAGCUCCAGCCUCCAAUAAGGGUAUGAUCUCAGGCAAGUCAGUGAGCUUCUUCAAUAGAUGUGACAAUCAAUGGGGGUGAUUGGCAAUUGUUCCAUUUUUGAUGUGGAAAACUGGAACAAGACUGGGU